AAAUAAGUGUUUUUGCUAGUUGAUAAUUGUUUAUUCUUUUGUUUACUAGUUUAUCGUAUUUUGUAUGCAUUUAGUAAUGGCUAUGUGUAUUUUUAUAGGUUUUUGUGUAAUGUUUAUAAAUGCGACUGAAGGACUUGUAUCCAUGGUCAUGAAAUAAAUUAAAAAACAAACUUGUCAUUGUUGCAUUGGAUUGCGCCUCCGGUGGCCCGCGUGUUUGAUCUUUUGGACUGUUGGACAGUUGUAUCUUGAUUUCUCUGACUUUAGUCUUUGUUGUUUAUGUACAUUUUUUUUUAAAUGCCACCGAGUAAAAAGUAUAAACCAUGUCAAUAUAAGACAUGUCAAAUAUGUCGAGUACGCUCUGUAACUAUAAGUGACAAUUGUAAAAAAAGGAUUUUUAUGUCAAGAUUUCCCUUGGAUGAAGACCGAUGCAGACAGUGGGUGAAAUUAGUGGGAAAAGAAGAUUUAGCAUAUGUUCCCAUAGAGAAAUUACAUGAAUUGAAAUAUUUAUGUGCCGAUCACUUUAAAAACAGGGAUUUUAAUAACAAAAAAAAUCGGCUCAAGAGAUCUGCCAUACCAUCAAGAAAUUUUAAUGCUGAUCCACUUCCUGAUGACAUGCUGGUUGAUUUUCCUAGUCAUGUUUUUUCAGACAUAUCAAGAUAUGUCAAGAAUCAUGCAUCUUCAGUGAUAUGUGUCAAGAGAGUUUCACAAUCCCAAGUAGAAGCCAUUGCUGAAUCUUGUAACUCAGGCACAACUGGCACGAAUAAGACUUCUACUGAACCCGUACCAAAAUUACAACAGGCUGACGUUCACUUGGACCAUUUGUAUUGUAAGAAAGAAACGCUGCAAACGCCAGUUGAAGUGCAACCUGCAACAAAUGAUGGAAGUAGCAAAUUAGACAGUGAUGUAGAGACUGAUGAACAGAUAGAGACAGAUGAAGACGCAUUUGACAAUGAUUCGCCGCCCUCGCCUGUGCCAGAGAUUGGCAACACUCACGAAAACAUUUUCUCGUGGCAGAGAACAGAGUUGAUAGAAGCAGAUGCUCCUGAAGCUCCGACACCCGUGUCCGAGAAACUAAAAUUGGCUGACGAUGUCGUGACGCUGUCCUUGUUCUGUGACGACGACCCUCCCAUACAAUCCGAGCCGAGUGCACCAGUUGCAGCAGUUCUUGAAGAUGUCACAGUCCGUUGUAAGGAUUGUACAGCAGUCAUUGACGGGUUUUCGUUUUGGUGCGUGCAGUGCUUGCGCGGUGCGCUUUGCGUCGCGUGCGCGGCGAGCGAAACGCAUUAUGCGCAUUACGUGUUACGCUCGCCAAAGGGAGCCACACAGAACAAAACGCAGGCAGUGCUGGCGGUUAUACGACAACAACUGGUUAUGGAAAACUUACUAACACUCUACGAGACAGAUGGAGAGGGUGUGAAAGUGGAAGUAAAACAUGAGCCGGAGGAGCCCGCGCCCGCCUCCCCCGACCCGCUUGCUGUGGGGCCACACCCCGACUCGCAAGACACCAUGGAGAUGGAGCCCUACCCCUACUCACAAGACACUUUGGAGGUGGAGCCCUACCCUGAUACCACAGUAAAAAAUAAGCGUGUUGACGAGGAAACAGACCACCAAACUGUCAAGCGUCUUCGACUCAACCCCCGAACGCGCAAACCAAACUCCACAGUUAAAAUGAAAGCCGAUUUUCAACAGAAACUCUUAAAGGUCCCAGCUAAUGUUCUAAGAAGAUACCAAACAGACCACACACUUUAUCCUGGCAUUUUGAGAGCACCAGAUAUCAGAGCGUCACAACAAAAACAUGACGCACUUAAUGUCAGAAGAUCCCAAAAAGUCCACAUACUUACACUUACUCCUAGCGAUCUCAUAUCACGAGGUAUUGAACUGGUAACUUCUAGCAAAAUCACAGAAUCACAAGUUCUUAGUCCAACUGCUAGCAAUUUCAGAAGAUCACGAUCCCUAAAUGUCCCAAUAAGAGGAUCGGAAACAGUUCAGGCACUCACUGGCGAUCUCAAAUCACAAGGUGUCAUACAGGCCACUACUAGCAAUUCAAGAGUGUCACAAGAUGUUAGAGGUAGACCUAUGAGAGAUCCAAGUGAAAUGCUUCGAACGGUGACGUCAGAAGCUGCGGUGCAGCUGCAGCCCCUUACCGCAGAAGAUAUAAGGAAGUGGUCGGCCGACAGGAAGAGGCGAAGAAACGACUGAAAUAAACAUAAACAUUAACAC